CGACACAGUCCAUCGGAUCCUUUAGUGAACUAACAAGUGAGCAGUCACCAAAUCAAGCAAAAUGAUCGCCAAAUUUGUUGUAAUCUUCUCCCUCGCCGUCGCCGCCGCCAAUGCCGGAGUGCUACCGCUCGCUGCUGCACCUGCCGCGCUUGUGGCUCCUGCAGUGGCACCCGCGGCAUACGCUGUGGCACCUUAUGCUAGUUCAUACUCUGCACACUCAGUCAACCACGCCGUUGCUGCCCCAGUUGUCGCCUCCGCUCCCUACGUUGCUGCUGCCCCUGCCCCUUACGUCGCUGCCGCUUCCCCUUACUACGCAGCCGCUUCUCCUUACAUUGCCAACCCAUACGUAGCGGCAGCUAGAUACGUCUCCGCCCCCUACUACUUAUAAGCAAAUUUUGGUGUUAUCAUUGCCCAGUGA